AGCAAAAUAGCCUAAGUCAGUCAAGCAAAUACAAGCACCUUAUGAGGUGUGACUAACUUUUGAGCACAGACUUUUCCUUUCGCUGCUGUUUAUAGAUGACAUAGGAACACUUGUUGGCACUGUGGUUAGCUUAAUGGACUUAAAGCUGGUAGUGAACAAGCGAACUAGAAACAUGGCAAUAUUUAGCUUUCUGAUCGUCUGCUUUGUGAUCAGCGCUGACAUCGCCUCCUCUUGCCAGAAUACAGAUGACUUUGUGGGUGCCAGUUCUCCAGGAGACAUUGUUAUAGGAGGCUUGUUUGCAGUUCACAGUGAAAUGCUGCAUCCAGAAGAGCAUCCCAUCAAGCCAGUCAUUCAGAACUGUGCUGGCUUCGAAAUUCAAGUUUUUCUUCAGACACUUGCAAUGAUACAUGCUAUUGAAAUGAUCAACAAUUCGACAUUAUUAUCUGGAGUUACUCUGGGCUAUGAAAUCUAUGACACCUGUGCAGAAGUUACAAAAGCCAUGGCAUCUACUCUGAGGUUCCUGUCUAAAUUCAAUUCUUCUAAGGAUAUUGUAGAGUUCAAGUGUAACUAUUCAGACUACAUACCAAGAAUUAAGGCAGUCACUGGAGCCAGUUACUCUGAGGUGUCAAUGGCAGUUUCAAGGCUGCUGGCAUUGCAACUAAUCCCACAGGUCAGUCCUGCAUCGUCGGCUGAAAUUCUUAGUGACAAAAUCCGGUUUCCUUCAUUCUUCAGGACUAUCCCCAGUGAUUUCCACCAGACUAGAGCAAUGGCCCACCUGAUCUGUGAGUCUGGGUGGAAUUGGAUCGGAGUAAUAGCCACUGAUGAUGACAAUGGGCGCUUUGCUCUGGAGAGCUUUGGGGUCCAGGCCAUGUCAAACAAUGUUUGCAUAGCUUUUAAAGAACUGCUGCCUGCCUAUCUCUCUGACAAAACCUUUCACACCAAAGUUGAUCAUGCAGUCGAGAAGAUUGUCAAGGAAACCAGAGUAAAUGUUAUUGUAGUCUUUAUGAGACAGUUCCACGUGCUCAAGCUAUUUAAGAAGGCAAUUGAGAGAAAUGUAAAUAAAAUCUGGAUUGCAAGUGAUAACUGGUCAACAGCAGUGAAAAUCAGUACAAUGCCCAAUAUUAGACAGCUGGGAACUGUUGUGGGAUUUGGAUUUAAGAGUGGAGACAUAUCCACAUUCCAAGACUUUCUGAAGAACCUUCAUGAAAAGCCCACUGAAAACAACAAGUUUUUAGGUGAAUAUAUUAUGCUUUUGUCAGUCUGUGCACACCUGGAAUAUUAUGAUUUUCAAAUGUGCAUUUCAAAUCAAUCCCAGGAUGACCUGAUGCAAAAUGUUGAGAAUAAACAACACAUCUGGAGAGAUGACUUUUUGAAUGCCAACAUUGAACCCGGAUUUAUCCAUAGUACUAUACUUGCAGUCUAUGCCAUUGCUCACGCCAUUAAAGGGCAAUGCAAAGACAGAAACUGCAAGGAUCCCUCUGCUUUCACUCCCUGGGAGCUCCUUGAAGAACUCAAAAAAGUCAGAGUCAUCGAUGAUGAUAAAGAAAUCAAGUUUGAUUCCAAAGGAGAUAUGAGAACUAGUUAUGACGUACUUCUCUGGAAAGAAAUUGAUGGUCGCAUGGAAAUCACCACUAUGGCAGAAUAUGACACAGAGAAAGGUGACUUUAUCUUUGAGGAUGAUGAGAAAAAAAAAGAAUUUCUGAACUUAAAGAAGGUUCAAUCAACGUGUUCCCAGCACUGCAGACCAGGACAGAUGAAAAAGGUUACAGAAAGUCCACACACAUGCUGCUACGAGUGUGUUUACUGCCCAGAAAACCAUUACAGCAAUCAAACAGAUAUGGAUUACUGCUACCGGUGCCACAACAAAACCUACUGGGCUCCUGUGAACAGUACUACGUGCUACAGGAAGACGAUCCAGUUCCUCAGCUGGACUGACUGGUUUGCUAUUUUCCUGCUCUUCCUCUCCAGUUUUGGGGUUGUGCUGAUUUUCUCCAUCAGUGUCAUAUUUACUAAAAACUUGAACACUCCGGUUGUAAAGGCAUCCGGAGGUUUAACUGUCUGCUAUGUUAUCCUCCUCAGCCACUUCUGCAUUUUUUUAAGCACCGUCUUCUUCAUAGGUGAACCCACAGAACUCAAAUGCAAAACUAGGCAAUCCCUCUUUGGCAUAAGCUUUGCACUUUGCGUUUCAUGUAUUUUAAUAAAGUCGCUAAAAAUUUUACUAGCCUUUAGUUUUGAUCCCAAGCUGCAGAAUAUCCUGAAAUGUGCAUAUAAACCUAUUCCCAUUGUGGUCAUCUGCACUGGGAUUCAAGUUAUCAUUUGCACCUGCUGGCUAGUAUUUAGGACGCCUUUUGUAAUGCAAAAUUUCUCAAUUCCAGGAUCAAUAAUUCUGGAGUGUAAUGAGGGCUCUGUUGUAGCUUUUGGGAUUAUGCUGGGCUACAUAGCUGCUCUAGCCUUCAUCUGCUUCAUAUUUGCCUUUAAAGGCAGGAAGUUACCAGAGAACUACAACGAAGCUAAGUUCAUAACCUUUGGCAUGCUAAUCUACUUUAUAGCAUGGAUUGUAUUUAUCCCUGUCUAUGCAACUACGUUUGGCAAAUACCUGCCAGCAGUGGAAAUCAUUGUUGUUUUAAUAUCCAAUUAUGGGAUUCUCUGUUGUACGUUUCUUCCUAAGUGCUAUAUCAUAAUUUACAAGCAAGAAACAAACACGAAGUCUGCCUUUCUCAAGAUGAUUUACACGUACUCUUCCAAGAGCGCAGGCAGCGUUGCUGUUAGCCAGAUUUCCUUGGAUUCAAAGUCUUCCGGUUCCCAAGCUACUGUCUCAGGCUCCUGUAAAGCUGAGAAAAACUCUGCAAAUGGAAACUGCCACUUUCAAGUGCCUGGGCAGAAGCAAAUAAAAGAGAAAAUUCUUCCUAAAAGUGCAAUAAGACGUGUGUCCAGGAAAAGACUGUCCAGCAUAUGACUGGUCAGCGCUGAAAUACUGGAAGAUGAAAAGCUAUUUUAGUGAGCCAUUCCUUUUUCAGGUCUCUCUCCUUUCGGUACUCCCCAAGGAGAACAGACCACCCGAAAUGCCUCCAGCACUUUAGCAGUUACUCAUUGAUAAGCUUGAAAGGCUUUGCCUGGUCACAGGGUCCAGCAUCUCCCUCCUUUUCCCCGUCCCACUCCCAACCCACAGGCCCUCUAAGCCAGGCAGAAGUGUUAGGAAGGUUUUACUUCUCACAGAAAAAUAGGCAUGAACAUAUGGGCUUACACCACUUUUUCUUAUGUCUUUGCUGCCCAGUUGCUUAAGGAGGUUUUCUUCUCACCCAGGUCUGUUUUACAGAUCAAACAGAGCUCCCUCCUAGCUUUUGUUUUGCUAGGAUAAACAAGCUCAGUCCUUUAAUCUCCACUUUUAAGAUAAGCUUUCCAUUCUUAUGAACAUCCAAGAGUAACCAUUUUCAUUUGGUACAUGUGAAUCCUUUUUCUUUAAAUAAAUAAAUCUCUGCCCAAAAUUACAUGCCUUAUUCCAGAUGUGUGCUACAGCAACUUUCAAAAUUCCGUGUAUUUACCAGGGUGAAAAUGAGCUAGAGAUAGGUCUAUAUAAAUUGAAGGAUUUCUCUGGUGCUCUCUAGUUAAAUGUGUGUUCAUCUGCUUUUUACCCAUACUAAGAGGAGACACAUUGAUUCAUCUCAUGCAACUCCUGUGACUUGUGCAGAGAGAGGACCUGUUAUGCAUGUCCCCAGGUGUGCUAUUAGUUCAAAACUUAUGAACAUCAAUUUAACAUGAAUAAUGUAAUGACCAGAAUCAACAUGAAUGCAUCCUGGGAAUUUUAGUUUCUUUCAUACGUGUUAAAAAAAAUCUGAUUUUCAACAAGAACACAGUAAUGCACUAUUCCAAUACGUCAAAAUCAUGCAGGAAUGAACUGCUGUCAACUGCACUGGCAGAGUCUCUGAGGCUCCAUGACUACAGGUAUGCAGCACCUUCUGUGCGAGUGGUACACUCCAAGAAGGAGGAAUUUUUCAGUGGACAACUGUUCUGCCUCUCUAAGGCAAAGACUGGCAAAGCCUUUCUCAUGCUGAGAAGGCCACGGCUUUCCCUUCCUCAGCCAGGCUGGAAGGAUUCCUCAAACACUAAACAGCAGAGCAGUGGUGCCAGUCUGGGACUGGGAAGCUCUUGUCUGUGUUCAUAAAGCCCCUAGCCUGGACCAGAGAAAUCAUGGUUUGCAGUUUUAAGUUCUAUGCAUGUUACUGGGAAAGAAUGCUAACUUCUUCAGUUUUGUCCAUUUGUUUAGAUCAGGAAUAAUUGGACACUCUGGCAAGCCAGAAUGAAGUUCAGUAGACUUGAUGUCGCACAGACAUAAAAUGUUUUCUACAAUAUAUCUGUUUUUCUAUCAUUUCUGUUUAUAUGUUGCAACCCAUGUCUAUAUGAUUUUCCUAAGAUUCUGUUAAAAAUAUCUAUGGAUCACAUUUCAGCAAUGGACACAGGUAAUGAAAUUAUUUGAUGUCAGCAUAUUGUUGUAUGCAUCUGUGAAGACAUUUUAAAGUAAUUUAAAUGGCAAGGGUCCAAUUUACAUAUAAAUUUCAGCAGUUAUGUAAUUUCUGUAGCUGAUUAGAAGAAUGAAGGUUUAUGCACAUACAUUUAUGUGAUAAAUGCUGUUUAUGCAUCAGUUGUUAUGAGUACUGUUUGGUAUACGAAACUAUGUAUGAUUAAGGUUAAAGUUCCUACAGUUUGGCUGCCAGUGCAGCAAAAUGUCUUUCCCUCAAAGAGGAAAAUGAAGCUUACACCACACAGUGACUUUCAGUGCUAAGCUGGUUAGAAAAGCUAAUUUGGCUAGAAUGUUGUACGUGUAUUUAUUGUUCUCAAAAGUGGUGAGCAUGUCAUGUCUCGAACAACAGGAUGAUUAAAGCCAUGUUGUUAUUUAAAAUUGAGCUUGUUUAUUUAAUUUCCUUACCUCUCCCUAUGAACUUUGGGUUGGCCUUGAACUGCAGCAACACACCUACCUGCGCAGUGCUUCCACCUGGCAGAUCUGUGAGCUUUUUACAAGUGUCCUUCAGGUUGGCAGCCAAGCAUGGGAGGACGAUUCCCCCUGCAGGACAUAGAGGAAAGUGCCUUGGGAGAGCUAUGACAGCACUAUGAAGGUGUCUAUAAAGGUGAUCUUUAAGGAAGGGCAUCACAUGGGGCAGAAUUCCAAGGGAAGAACAUAAAAUAACAAGCAUGAAAGGAAAAAAAAAUAAAAGAAAAGUUUUUGUUCUUCUUACUGAUCUAGUUUUAAAUACAUCCCAUGCCUCCUCCUCUCCUAGGAAGCUCUCCACUGCAUACAAACUUCUCCACUUCAGUAGUGCCACCAAAUCUCCUCUGUUAAUGACUUCUGUGUGCUAUGUCUGCCUCUCCAGCUACUCAUAUCUUCUCUGUAAAGCACAAUCAAUGAGAUCUAGAUGAGAGGAUGUAACAGAUUUACUAGCUAGCCUUGGCAGGGAAAAGAGAGAGGGAGAGAGAUACCAAGCUGUGUUGUGUAUGUUUUUAAAUGUCUGUAUUGGUCGGACUGCGUAGGCUGAAGAGGUUUGCUCUUCUUUUUGGCUCAGGGCACACUCUGAUUUCUUACUUUGAAAAGAACCCAACACAAAUGGUCAGAGUGUUAACGUGUCCAUCUUCGUGUUUUUCAUUUCUGAAAGUGAUAGAGAGGACACAUGGACCCCAAACACAGUGCCGUCCAGAGAAGUCAAGCAUAGAAAUGCUAUUUGUUGAGGUCUGUGGGAGGCUGCUCUAUUCAAACAUUUAUGGUUUUAUGUUAUUUCUUGUAAUAAUAAUGAAUGCCCUCUAAAGCCAGUAUCAGAAACUGUGCAACAUCCUUAGAGAGAAUGAAGACUGUGAAGGUCACCAAUUUCUUCAAGCCCUCUCCUCCAGGGCACAGUUCCCUGAAGAUGUCUGCAGCAAUGUCAGCAGAAGAAGAUGUCAGGAGCACAGGUGUCCCUCAUCUUUGGCACCACUCUGUGCUCUGAUGUCCUUUGGCAACAGCUGUGAACUGCUUACCUGAGCUCUGGGCUUCCUCCCUACACUUGUGCCAACUGCAGCUGGAACAGCAGUGAGUGAAAGCACAGGGUGCCAGCAUUACUAGUGGCUAAGGGCAGGAUCUGGGAUGCUGCUCACAGUGUGUGGAGCUGAGCAGACCCACCCCAGCCAUUCUGGAUCUUCCCACCCUUUCCAGCUGGGUCUCCAGGAGCAAGGAAUGAUGCUAUGCCUCUCUGAGCUGGAAGAAGAGCUAAAGGCAGACUAUAACCCUGGUCUUAUCCUCUAGGUUGUUUCUUUUGGUGCUCCUCUGUCUCCCUCAGGACAUUCUGAAUCAAGGCAGAGCUGCUCUGUGUGUGUGCAGAGAGGCACUUGUUCUUCAUCACCAGUAUUUUUCAUAGACAAGAGAAAGACAGAGUGUGGCUUUUAUACAGGGCUCAAAGAAAUGUGUUUUUCUGUAUGUAUAAUGGCUCGUUUUCAGGAAGAAAUUCAAUUCCGAAAUAAAAUGUGGGAGGAUUUUUUUUUAUUAUUAUUAUUUGGUAUUAGCUAUUGGAAUGGCUUUGAUGGUUUUCCAAUAAUAAGGACAUUUUGUUAUUCUGAUGAUUUCAGAAUGCAAACUACGUGUGAGUAAGAAAAUAUCAACAUGGGACUAUUUACUGAAUAAUAAUAAUAUAAAAAAAUAGUUUUCUUGAAUGUUUUUCCAGAAUGAAAUGUUGUUCAAAAGAUAUAUAUGUAUAUAUAUAAAUUAAUAUCAACAAUGCUAGAACCCGUUCGAAUGAAAAAGCUUGUGAUUUUCUCUACUCAACAAGUUGCUUUCAGAAAGAGCUGUCUACCUCAGGCUCUGUUGCUGGAAACAGGGAACAAAGUUCUGGCUUGCCAACGAUGCAAGGCUUCAGACUCGUGCCUUCAGUUCUAUACUGACUUUUUGUCUUUCUCUUAGUUUUUGUUGCGGUUCUUUGCUUGUUUAUUUUCCCCGAUGAUAUUUAUGGUCUUUAUUUGAAAUAAAGGUUAAC